CAAGCCUUAGAGACCUUUGCUGGCAGCAAAUUCUCUGCUCUCAGGAAGCAGUGGAAGGUUUGCUGACGGCUUGCAUAAAAUCUCUGGAUAUCUGUGUGCAAACAACCCAUGCUCCCAGAAAACACCUUUCUGUGACACAGAAAGAGUUCCUGUGUGUUUCUUUCACUAGCUGAUCUCACAAACCAUCAGCUCUCAGUCUUAGCCAGUUCUGAGAAAUCAAUUCUGUGGUGGACCAUUUUGAGAAAACAGUGUACACUGGCAUCGGGUAAAUAAAUGAGGAUGAAAGACCCUUCCCCAAUCCAUUCCUAUGAGACAUCGCUUGAUAACAGUGGGAAAACAGUUAAGAUCCUAACUCCAAAUAGCAGUGAGGCCAGGAUGAUCCUGAGGCUGAUAUGUGAAUGGAGAAACUGAGGCUUUGGGGUCCUCGGUCUUUUAUUAGGCUGUGCAGAAGCAUGGAAACGUCACUAUUUGAGCCGAGGAGAAUAUACCUUCAGCCACAAAGUUUAGUGAAGACCAGAAGAAUGAAAACAUGCAAUGGAGAAGACUUUCUGGUGAGUUUUGGCCAGUGGUCGUGCAGUCCAAGGGGCUGGAUGGCAUGCUGGACCCAAGCUCAGCUCAGCGUCCGGACCCAAUAACAGUUUUACCAAGGGAGCAGCUUUCUAUCCUGGCCACACGGAGGUGCAUAGCGUAAUGUCCAUGUUGUUCUACACUCUGAUCACAGCUUUUCUGAUCGGCAUACAGGCGGAACUACACUCAGAGAGCAAUGUCCCUGCAGGACACACCAUCCCCCAAGCCCACUGGACUAAACUUCAGCAUUCCCUUGACACUGCCCUUCGCAGAGCCCGCAGCGCCCCGGCAGCGGCGAUAGCUGCACGUGUGGCAGGGCAGACCCGCAACAUUACUGUGGACCCCAGGCUGUUUAAAAAGCGGCGACUCCGUUCACCCCGUGUGCUGUUUAGCACCCAGCCCCCACCUGAAGCUGCAGACACUCAGGAUCUGGACUUCGAGGUCGGUGGUGCUGCCCCCUUCAACAGGACUCACAGGAGCAAGCGGUCAUCAUCCCAUCCCAUCUUCCACAGGGGCGAAUUCUCGGUGUGUGACAGUGUCAGCGUGUGGGUUGGGGAUAAGACAACCGCCACAGACAUCAAGGGCAAGGAGGUGAUGGUGUUGGGAGAGGUGAACAUUAACAACAGUGUAUUCAAACAGUACUUUUUUGAGACCAAGUGCCGGGACCCAAAUCCCGUUGACAGCGGGUGCCGGGGCAUUGACUCAAAGCACUGGAACUCAUAUUGUACCACGACUCACACCUUUGUCAAGGCGCUGACCAUGGAUGGCAAGCAGGCUGCCUGGCGGUUUAUCCGGAUAGAUACGGCCUGUGUGUGUGUGCUCAGCAGGAAGGCUGUGAGAAGAGCCUGACCUGCCGACACGCUCCCUCCCCCUGCCCCUUCUACACUCUCCUGGGCCCCUCCCUACCUCAACCUGUAAAUUAUUUUAAAUUAUAAGGACUGCAUGGUAAUUUAUAGUUUAUACAGUUUUAAAGAAUCAUUAUUUAUUAAAUUUUUGGAAGCAUCCUG